AUGACCAUCGCACCUGUCCUGUGUUUUCAGAACAAGGUGUUUAUCCACCGUGGAAAGGAAUAUGAGCGCAGGGAGGAUUUCCAGAACCAUCUGAUGAGUCAGUUCCCCAGCGCUGUGCGGCUGAACACCACCAGCAUGCCAAGCGACGACAUCAGGAACUCUCCUCUACAGUACAUUCAGUGUUUCACAGUGCAGCCUGUCCUGGAGAUCCCCCCUCGCCUGAAGAACAAACCCGUCCCCGACCAGAUCAUCAACUUCUACAAAUCCAACUAUGUUCAGCGUUUCCACUAUUCCAGACCUGUGAGGAAAGGACCUGUGGAUCCCAACAAUGAAUUUGUAUCCAUGUGGAUUGAACGCACCACCUUUAUCACUGUUUAUAAACUGCCAGGGAUCCUGCGCUGGUUUGAGGCCACUGAUAUGAAACAUACCACUCUGUCUCCAUUGGAGAACGCCAUAGAGACCAUGGAGUCAACCAAUGAGAAGAUUCUGACCAUGAUUAACCAGUACCAGACAGACUGGAGCCUUCCCAUCAACCCCCUUUCCAUGCUGCUCAAUGGAAUCGUAGACCCAGCAGUCAUGGGAGGCUUUGCCAAGUACGAAAAGGCUUUUUUUACAGAGGAGUAUACUCAGCAGCACCCUGAGGACAGAGAUAAACUGGUACGCCUCAAAGACCUGAUCGCAUGGCAGAUACCAUUACUUGGUGGUGGGAUCUCUCUGCAUGGGAAAAGAGUGACAGAUGAUCUGCGCCCGUUCCAUGAGCGCAUGGAGGACUGCUUCAAACAGCUGAAGAAGAAAGUUGAGAAGGAGUAUGGAGUGAGAGAUCUGCCGGAUCUAGAUGAGAGAAAAUCCACUCGUCCUCGCUCCAUGCUGCGCUCCAUACGUCAGUCCAUCAUCUCCAUCUCCUCUCUCCAGGGGUCGGAAUGUGGGACCCCCACCAGGACCCACCCAGAGAGAGAGCUCCUACCCGACUCCCCGGUCUCCCGGACCCCCACCCUGUCGCGUUCCAGCGGCAGCAUGAGCAGGAACGUGGUGGAGGAGGGGGGGCUGGUGCCGGGCGAUGGAGAAGUCAAACUGAGGAAGAGCAAAAAGAAGAGGAAGAGGAGCAGCAUGAUCUUCAUCUCCGAGGAAAGAGAAAGAACAAACACACUGGAGAUCAAGCGGCUGUCUAAGAAGCAGGAGUUCCGCAGCGACACCAACCUGUCUGACCCAAACGAGGGGCCUGUUGUUCUGACCGGUGCCAACUCCAGAUCCAUGCCUGCCAUCACAGGUCUGUCCUUAACGGUGGCUGCUGGGGCAGAGGAGGCGGAAGUAACCAGAGCUAAGAGGGACAGUAAGAGCAUGUCCGUCAUCGUGACCUCGGACCGCACUGCCGACAGACGCUCAAAGGGUGUAAUCAAGCUCUUCUUUAACUCCAAGAGCUCCAAAUCUGAAGAUGUGAAGCCUGCAGACCAAGCCAGAGACAGUGUCAACCUUUUCUGAUAAUGUGUUGUUGCCACUGGUUGCAUUUCUUAAUGCCGUCAGUGACUCGUGCAACAUUUUGCUUUCUUGCAAAUGUGCUCACAUGCACCAAUGCUCAUACAGCACAGUCUCUCUCACUCAUUCACUCACUCAAUGUUGAAUUUUGGGUGCAGAUUUACAGACCACAUAUGAUGAAUGUCGGGGCGUAGCGCCCAAUUAAGAAAUUGUUAGAGGACCGUGCUGACAAGGAUCCAAAAUAGGUCUAGUUUUGCUCUUUUCUAUACCAGCCAUGGAGGUUUUUUCCAAGCUGACACUGAUUUUGAUCUGAUUUAUCCACAAGGGAAUGACAUGAUUCUCCCUAAACUAUUGACAUCUUCCUGCUGCAAACUUAAGAUAACUUGAUUCUGUAGUGUACAUGUUACUCCUAUAGAAAAAUGGCUGUUUUGCUUUCAUUCUGAUCAUUUGUAUGUAUUGUUUUUCCUAAUACUCGGAGACCUGUGGAGUCUGCCAUCACCCAUCCACCCACUCAGUUUCAUUUUUCAAGGAUUAUCUUUGCUUUUAUAUAAUUGACUUUUACCUUUCAAUAAAGACUA